AUGUUCAAGAUCUCCCUCCAUAUAUUCGGAGUAGACCCUGUGACCCUCUGGACACUGAACGAUGACGAGUUCAAGGUCACUGGGAACAAGUUCGGGUUCGUAUUAAAUGUCGGAAAUGUACCGUAUCCCAACCCGAUUUGGUCACCUUCGUUCUGCCACAGAUUGACUCAAAUCAUAUCACACCCUAUAUGGAGACGACGCAAAAACGGACAUGAGUUCAUGCUAUUCGCGGUAAAAUGGGCAAUCAAAUGUCGAACUGACGAUCGCCAGCCUCUCUCCGAGGAUGAUGCCAGGUUACUCCGAUUGAUAGGAUGCCCCAUCAGUCCAAGGCAAGAGGAACCUUUGAAAAGGACCUUGGAAAGGCUCUUGAAGCGACGUUACAAUACCGGCGAGACCAUCACAACGGAGGCCGACUUGUUGCGCUGCAUAGCAGAUAACACCAAAGCUCGCCUGGCGAGUCCAACCUCGCGUUACUAUCAUGUCACUACGGAUGAUCUCGACGCUGUGAUUAUGGGGCUUGACGAGUCAAAGACGUGGAUGUCUUGUGAAGCUCACUACGCACUCUACCAGAAAAGUAGGGGCACUGCCCAUACGUACCCAUCAAGUGUAGAAGUCGCAGAAAUUUAUAGGAACGCAUUCCUCAACAUUGAGAGAAGACGCAUGAUCGACCACAAACGUGACUCCGAUCCACGCCGACCCAGCGAGCCGCCUCUCAUGAUCUAG